AUGGGCAUGUUAGCUAUUGAUGGUUGCCUGUGUUCUUUUGUUUGCAGAAAGAAGCAGCAGUAAACUGCAGGUAGAGACAGAUGGUUGGACCAAGGAGACCACAGUUUGUGCUGUUUGGAUCCUCUAUUGUUCAGAAAAGUUUUGGCAAUGGAGGAUGGGGUGCCAUUCUUGCUGAUACAUACGCUCGCAAGGCAGACAUAGUGAUGCGGGGAUAUGGAGGUUGGAAUUCAAGGAAUGCUUUGCAAGUUCUUGAUAAAAUUUUCCCCAAGGAUGCCGCAGUACAACCUUCACUGGUUAUAACCUACUUUGGAGGUAAUGAUUCAAUGAAGCCUAUCCCGGCUGAGCUUAGUCCUCAUGUACCCCUUCCUGAGUUCAUAGAGAACAUGAAGAAGAUUGCUACACAUCUCAAGAGCCUUUCUGAGAAGACUCGAGUCAUCUUUCUAGGUGUUCCUCCUGCCAAUGACGAGAUGAUCAUCCAACUCUACGGUGAACGUGCCGCUCGAUCAAACGAGGGUGCCCGGAUAUAUUCUGAGGCUACUUUAAAGCUGUGCCAGGAACUGGAAGUGAAGGCCAUUGAUCUCUGGACCAUAAUGCAGCAAAAAAAUGACUGGUUGACUACUUGCUUUACUGAUGGGGUUCAUCUUGCAUCAGAGGGGAGCAAAAUUGUGGCGAAAGAGAUAAUGAGGGCCCUUGAAGAGGCAGAAUGGGAACCAAGUCUUUAUUGGAAGUUAAUGCCAUCUGAAUUUGUAGGGAUCUCCCCAUUCGAUUCAGAAGGCAAUGGAACCAUCAUAAAUUCAAAAAUGUGAGGGGAAGAAGAUCCCAUGCCAUGAAGAAUACUAGGGAUCUCCCCAUUCGAUUCAGAAGACAAUAAUGGAACCAUCAGAAAUUCAAAAAUGUUAGGGGAAGAAGAUCCCAUGAAUAAUAUUUCAUUU